UUGCCCAGAGCCCUUCCCGUUCCUCCUCAGACAGCCCCUCCUCCCAGGAUGGUCAACCUGUGCCAGGCGACCCAGACGACCAUCAUCGCCCCCAAUCCUAUGCUGCAGGGCGCCAUCCUGAUGCAGCAGAUGCAGGGUAACAUGCGGAACUUUGGGAUGGGCGGGCAGCAGUUCAGGCAGUUCUUCACUGCAGGAGCCAGGUCGUCCCUGCUUGGGCCGGUUCCCAUGGGCAUGGCCAUCAAGUCCCCAAUGAUGGGUUUCCCAGCCGCACGACCCUUCCACCCACAUGCUCGCUACUACAACAACAGCAACACCAUCACCACCACAGCCCCCUCCGCCUCUUCCACCUUUACCACAGACGCUGCAGCUCGCCAGCAAGACAGGAAGCGAGACAGCGAGCAGAUGGCAGCAGGGAGCGCAGACGACCAACCAGCAGCAUCCACCAGUUCCAGUGAUGAAGCCACUGACAAGACUCAGACAGAUAGUGCUGUGGGAGGAGUGGAUGGGCCCACUCAGAUCACUGAGGAGCAACUUGAAGGACCUGUGGUGAAGAGGCAAAAGACAGAGGGGUCAGAAAGACCGAAAGAACAGUGUGCUGUUGAGACUGUCACGAUCCCCGAUACAGACGGGGAAGUUCUUUCCUCAGAGUGUAACAGCAACACAGAGGACGCUCAGCCUGAAGACUGCAUCGGGGACGGAGGCUCCACAGGAGGAUCAGAUGUUGUUGAGGCAAUAGAGGAGACCAGAGCUGAUGAGAUGCAAAGCUGUUUGUCGGCCCCGUCGCCCUCCAGCAGGCAGAGUGAAGAUCACCAGCAGGUUAAUUUACCAGCAGAAGAGACUUCACAGGGAAAAGCUGACCCUUUGGCUUCACCAGACAACCAGGAUGAAGAAGAGGAAGGCGUAGCAGAGGGCUCCAACAAGUUCUACUGCUACCUCUGCAGCAUUACCUGCCACAACCAGCAAAACUUCAGGAGUCAUAUGAACAGCAUUUCCCACCAGCAAAGGAUGAUGGAGAUCCAACACAUGAGCAACGCCUGUCUGGUCACCCUGCUGCCACGAGUGCAGGAGUCUCUGCAGGGAGCAAACAAAGACGGAGAGAAAAAAGCCGACUCGAAGCGUUGGUGUUCCACCUGUCACACUCACUUCAGCAGCAGCAUCACGGACCACCGUCGCACAGAGGAGCACAAACUCGCCAGUAGAAUAGACAUGUCCUCCUGCUCAAUCUGCAAGAAACACUUCAAGACCUCACAGAUGUUUUUAGAGCACUUGCAGUCGCCGGAGCACAGACAGAAGCUCCAGGAAAAAGGCUGCGAGGCCUUGGCCAAGCUGACGGCCCUGGACACUGAUGGCUUUUCAUUAGAGGAGGAGGAAGGGAAUGAGAUGGAGGAAGGAGAGGAAAGACAGAGUAAUGAAGGAGACCAAGGAGACAGACAGGAUGGCUGGUCCUCCCUGAAAGAAGUGACCCUGAACGACAUGGCCAGCGAUGAGCAGUACGACCCCGACACAGUCUACGGGUCCACUUUUUUAGUUCCAGUUGCAGGUUUUAUCUGCAGACUCUGCAACAAGUUUUACAACUUUGAAUCUUCUGCUCCACACACCCACUGCAAAUCACUGAAGCACUUUGAGAACCUCAAGAGCUACAGAGUGUUGGUGAGUCAAAAAGGUGAAGCUGCUGAAUCCUCCGGAGAACCUCUCCAAGCUGCCGACAGCCUCAGGCCUGUAACAGAAACCACCACGGACUGCUCAGAUGAAAACUUGCCCUCGGAUGAUGCAGGUUUGGCGAAAAACACGAACCCCAAGCACCCCAUCAUCACGCUCACCCGAGUGAACGUGCAGACAGAAAACCAGCAAGAGGUGAAACAAGCAGAACAAGAACUGACCUCACAGGAUUCCGCCUUGAUCUCAGCGACCAGCACUAGCGACGCAGACCAAGACCUCAGCCUUCCUCACGAGGAGGAACAGAACACAUCCCAGGCGUCUUCGGCUCAGGAGAGUCCCGCUGAGCCGCCUGCUGGCAGCAGAGAGGAGGAGGCUGCAAACUCAGAGCCAGCAGCUGCUGAUGAGGAGGCUAAUGAAGAUGAGGAGAAGGAAGCUCCCGCUGGCCCACGUAAAAAUAACGGCACAGGGAAGGCAAAAGCCACACCCAAACGCAGGUCAGGGAGAGCCGCAAACAAACGCUGAGUCGACGAUAUGGCAUAGAAGGGAAACGCAACCUGGUACAAUCACAACCACGGGACGGGAUGUGUGUACGUGACGAGGUGCUUUCAUGGAACCGAGACCAAGAAGUCAACAGCCCAACCUCUCUCCAUGCUGGAAAGUCCGAAAUAAACACACACCAACAAUUAGGAAGACUCUGGCUGGUGACUCACAGUGGAACAGGACUUCUCGUGUGAACUGCUCUCCCAGGGUGGGAAAUUAACAGCUCUGAAAUACAGGUUAACAUUAUUGAUUGUUGGAAAGUGCUCUGAGUUGGAUGUUUUUUUUAUGUAGGCCAACCUCCAUCUUCACAUUACAGCCGUCAAAAUGAGAUUAUUACGAAGCGUCUGGUCUGAAACGAACCUUUUCUUUUCAGUAUUUACCGAUCAGUAAAACAUUGCAGUUAUGUUGCCUUAAUCCAAAAUAAUUUAGUUUUGUUUGUUUUUUUUGAAAUAGAGAGACGCUCCUUGUGUUGGAUACCCACAGAAAGCCCAUUGCAUUGAUGCAUAACGCUGUGAUCAGUUCCACACUAUGUACGACUUGUAGGCAGGUUGUGAGUAGUGCAUUUACAAAACUGCAAACUGACUUAUCAAACCACACUGUCGUUUUGCACUCCCCAGGUAACAACACAAAAAUAAUACAUCUUUGGGUUAAACAUUUUGUCCUUAUAGUCAAAUGCAAUUGACAGUAUCACAUCCUAUUUUCACAUUUGUUGGUAUUGUCUAGUUUCAUUCGUAUUAUUAGCAGUCAUCCCAAAGCACCACCGUGACUCAUAGGGGCUGUUUUAUGUCUACUAACUGCCACAACACUAUACUCUGGCUGUUUUACUGUACACUAGGGUGUAUAGGCGAGAGGUUAUGUUGUAUACAGGUAGUAUGUAGUGUGGAACUAAGACAUGAUGUUGGAUUUCAGCCACAAAAGUUUCAUUCAUACCCAAAAUUACAGAUGUGGUGUGACAUGAAUUUGCUAAACACAUCCAUGUGUUGUCAGUUUUAUUAGGUUGCAAUCACUGUAACCGCUCUGCCCCCCUCUAAACAAACAGUGUCCAGGUUUUAAACGGGGUAGGUGUUCUCUGUGGCUGGUCCCCCGACAUGUUAAUUUUCCACCCUGCUAUCCUCACGGAUCAGGAUGUUUCUGAGGGCUCAUUGUCGGCUUCUGCUCAUUCUCCAGCUAGCUAGAUGACUGAAUAGUAAAACUUUCACGUGUAGAAGGCCGUACUGAUGGUAAAGUGGAGACAUGUUCCACAUCGCUAACCACAUAGCACACGCUUUUAGCAAGCUGAAGUGUAGAAUGUAACUAAACUAAGUGUUUGAGCAGGUGGCAUCUUUUGUUUUUUUGUUUUUAAAAAAAAGUGUUAAAAUGGUACUUUGGCUUGAGUAUUGAGAAACACUGAUUCUUGAGUCUGAUCAUAGCUUGGUUCAGGGCAUUUUAUCCUCUUUUUGUUUUCAUUAGUUGUUGACAUUUUGGGUUCGAGUUGAUGUUGUGGUGUUUGGGGCGAAGAAAAGAAGGUUGUCAGCAGCUGUAGCGUUCUCACCUAAAAGACAGUUUUACACACAUUCUUAUUGGCCUAUUAUCUGCAAUAGCAACAGUUUUUUUAGUUUUUUUGUUUUUUAUUGUGUAAUGAAGAGUUCAAAAAUCCUGAUGCAAUGUGCAGACAGUCAUAUGAAAAGAGUCUUAUCAUGUGCUCUUGAAAUGUUAAGGGAGCUCUUAAAAGACCAGCAGCAGACGGCUUCAUCAGCUCGUCCGCAGCAAGAAAUAAAAGGCCUCUGCUAUUAAUCAGGCCCUGAAUCUCAUUUACGAGCUGCUCCCCCGUGUGCACAAAAGGCUGCAUGCGCUAUGUCUGCAUAUUGCAUAUUUUAACACUUAGAAGGUUUAGGCUGCUGCAAGCUCAGAAUCCAUAAAUAUAGAAGCAUUUGCAUAGAAUGGGUCAUGCUGGCACCACCGAGGGUUUAUGCAAAACCACACUGGGUGUCACAUGCCCAUGGGAUGUUUGUUUUUUUUGUUUUUUGUUUUUACUUCAACGGACUUAAAAUGCUUCUGCAAGCAUUCACAGCACAACAAUGUUGUUAGAGGUGUUUAUUUGACUCCAGUUUACUUUGUUUUUUUGUUCCUCUCAUUGAAGAGUAUUUAAGUUGCUAUACACUGGACAGAGGGAAACAAACUUUAGCCUAUGGUCCGCAAUUACUUUCAAAGAAAAUUCAUGAAGUGUCUGAAGAAUCCUUGCAAACUUUCAACUCUCGAUUUGAAGCACCUGCAACAUACAGUACAUGAACCCAGUUACAGAUUAUACAAAAUCGAUUUGAUUGUGGCAUCACGACCACAACUGGGAUGCGAAUUGUUUCACUUCCUCCUGCAUGACCAGUGUGCUGUUCUGGAAACAUUUCAUCCUCCACGUAAGCGAAGGAUAUUUUAAACCGCAAAGGACUGGCUGACACAUGUAGCAACUCUCGUAGUCAUCGUGGCGACUGUCACAUGAUUAGUAUCGUUUUUAUGUUCUGAAGGAACAAGACGUGAUCUGAAGUGUACUUUAAAGCUCUGAAACCGAAUGGAGCAGGAGAGGGAGAGAAGAAGAAGAAGAAGAAAAAAAAAGGACAUGUAAAGGAUAAUUUCAAACAAAGCUGUAUGUUUCUUAUUGUAUUUUUAUUCAGCUACUGACAAAUUGAGAUGAACAAACAGGUGAUGUUUUCUAACUGCUGGAAGUUUAAUGUAUUUUUGGAUGUUUGUUUUCUGUUUGGGAGUCAUCUUAAUUUAUAAUAAAAUGUCUGACAAUUCC